AUGACGGCAUCUUCUUCGAGCAGCGAGAGCAGCUCGAGCGCGAUGGUUUUAUACGCCGCGCGAUGGUCCUCCGGCGAGCCUCUUUUUAGAUAUCCAGGGGAUCCUUUGGUCUCUUUGACUGGGCCGCAGGUGUUGAUAAAAGAGUAUUUUCCGUCGGUGAAAGUAUUAGCGGAGACAGAGGUGAAUGCGUAUGAACGUUUGUUGUCUGAUGAUAGGCCAGAUAUUGUUGUGGAUGAAUAUGGGAGAGGGCAAGGGCAGAUGUCGCAGAAAAUGUUGCCGGUUGUGAGGUGCGUUGCGUAUUUCGCUGCUGGGGCGAGCGAGAGCGAAGUCAGGGAUGAGGAUGGGGGGAAUACUUCUUUUUACGUAGCACAAGAAUGGGUUGGUUUAAAGAGAUUAUCGGAAUACGCGUCGGCGAAGCAGAAGGACGAUGGGGAAGGGCGAACGAAGUUUUGGCCGCCAGUGGAGAGGGUGCAGACACAUCCGACGGUGUUGAGGUUUAGGUACAUUCGGUCUGCUAUACGACAAACGGCCAGAGCGGUUGCAUUUUGCCACUCCAAUGGAGUGGCGCAUAAUGGUAUCGAUGCUGGCACAAUCUUUUGCGACUCGUUCGACGACAGAGAUGCCUUUGAGGAGCGAGGUGAGUUUGGCACGAGGUUCCGAUUGGCCAAUUUCGGCGCUGCAAUUUUAGACCCAUCGGAUGAGGACAUGGCGAGGGACGUGAGAGCGUUGGGAAAGGUCUGGGCAGAAGUCAUUUUUUCCGCGUUGGCUAGAGAAGGACCGUCCUUGUCUACAAAGGCCGAUGCGUUGACGAGACAGUUUGAAACGCUCUUUAAUUAUGAUUUCGACGGUCAGAUUUGGGAGUAUUUAGAGGCGGAGCCGAAUUACGACGUGGCGAGGUAUUUCUUGAAGGAAAAGUUUGGCGAUUACGAUGAGUGCGUGUGGGAGGUGUUGAGAGAUGCGUGGUUGUGCGACACGAGUGAUGAGAAUUACGCGGUGACGGCGGCAUCGUUAGCGCGGAGAUUAGAACGCAUCGCGAGCGAAGCGGACCGAGUCGCGAGGGGCUCGAUUGAAAGAGAAACUUCCACGAUCAAAGUGAAACUCCCGGGUUUCGUUUCGGAACGGUUAGAAAGCGUGGCGCAAAAAUUAGAUGAUACCAUCGUGCAAGAUCCAACUCUACCGGAUGUUCCAAGGCCGGAUUGGUUCACUGGUCAAGGAGAAUAUUCGAAGGGAAUCUGGAGUGAUCGCAUAGGGAAGGAUUAUAAGGAGCAGAUUAAAAACAUAGCGCCAGACUUUCUCAAAAAGUUUCUCGACGAUGACGAGGACGAGAAGGAGAAGUAG